GCAGCAGUCGUAAUGCAUCUACUGUGCCCUCCCCUGCGCUCUUCCCCUUCUCCCCUCCCCAAAAGAUCGCACGAAUCCCUUUUCCGGGUUCCAGUUCUCGCAGAUCUGCCCGUUUCCGUGGUCGCGGAAAGCCCUAGGUCUUGUGAUUUCCUCGGCUAAUCCCCCGCAUUUGGGCGGUUCGUUCGAGUUCGGUCCUUUGCGUCGCUGCUGCCUGCAGCAUUGUGGGUGAUCACUCCAUGAAUAUGUUGUCCAAGUUGCUCGGCUUAUAGAAUCAGGUGGUAAGAAUUUUAUUCAAAUCAUGGAGGCCGAGUUGUGUUCAGCCCGGACCCUAUCUACAUCUCGGGAGGAAAGUGGUGAUGAAGAGCUAUCGGUGCUUCCCAGGCACACUAAAGUCAUAGUAACUGGUAACAACAGAACAAAAUCUGUUUUAGUCGGGCUUCAAGGUGUUGUGAAGAAAGCUGUUGGUCUUGGUGGCUGGCAUUGGCUGGUCCUAAAGAAUGGGGUGGAGGUGAAACUACAAAGAAACGCAUUGAGUGUCUUAGAAGCUCCUACAGGAAAUGAAGACGAUGAUAAUAAUAUUGACUGUGACAACUCAUUCUGCAGUAGUUCAGCUGUGGGAUACAAAGACAUUGCUUACUCUAGCUUAGAGUUCCAUAAACCGACAAAACCAAGAGUUAGGCAUACCAGGCCAUGGACAUCUUUGGCAAAGUCGAAUGGACGAAGCAACCAUCGAGGCACUACUCACUCUAAUGGUCACAAGAUGAGAGUAAAUCUGGCAAAGCUUGGAACACCCACCUUAUGGAGAUAUGGGAGGCAUUUCAAUCUUGUAAACAUCAACCCUAACCCUACAAAGGAACAGCUGAUUCAUGUGGUGCAGAGUCAUUUCCGCUCACAGCAACUGGAUGAGAUGCAAGUCAUCGUAGGCUUCAUCCAAGCUGCAAAGAGAUUGAAAACUCUCUACUCCUAGAGAAGAAAAAAGGAACAAAGCGGUGCGGCAGGAUCGACAGACACGAGUAAUUAGCAUAGAUCUGAUCAACUGGUGAAGUAAGAAAUCCGUGUGCUUGAACUAAUUAGCCAAUUAGUUGGUGCAAUUCAUGCCAAACCAACUUGAAAGAAAUUGUAGUGUGAUGAUACUAACCAUGCUGUCUAAUGAUUUAUGUUGUAGUCAAGUUAAGAACAUGUGUAUCAGUGCAGUCUCUUUUAGAGGUUGCAGCAACCCAACUCCAAAAAUCUUACACAGGAAAAGCCAGCUGAUGAGCUCCUAAAUUAACAUGGACAACUGGUUGGUUUAUUAUGAUGUAUCAUCGAGUGUGUUCAUCCAAAAACAAUCAUUUUAUGUGCUUCUCUCUCAAUAGGCCAAUAUGAUGACUUGUGUUUUUAAUUAAAUCGUGAAAUGAAGAUUGAAAAGAGGACUAAAGAA